CAAAGUCCAGUGCAACUAGGAAGCAUAUAAUACCGAGCCUCGCCCUCCCAGGAGUAAAAUAGCUGAUAUUACUGGCUCAUGGCAACAGAACAACAGCAUUUCAUGUGAAAGGAACAGCAAGGACAACACAGGCUUCAGUUAGACUGGCUUGAGUCCUUGUUUGCAGAAUGGAUUCAAUCGUUUCUGUAUUUAGAUCCUUUGUUAACUGGGAUGUCAAAAGUCUGCUGCUCUUCACUGCAGUUUUCAUCCUCACUGCAGAUUAUUUAAAGAACCGUCGGUCGGGCAGCUUCCCUCCAGGACCCCGUGCACUUCCUAUUGUGGGCAACAUAUUCAAUGUGGAUUACAAAAGGAUCCAUGAGAGUCUGACACAGUUAUCAGAGAGAUAUGGAGAUGUGUACAGCCUACAAAUGGGCCAGGUAUGGAUGGUGGUUUUAAGCAGGCUCGAGGCUCUGAAAGAAGGUUUGAUAACUCAGGGAGACAGCCUGGCGGACCGCCAAGUCCUCCCUCCGCUGCUGGACAUUACCCAUGGACAAGGGUUAAUUUUCAGUAGUGGGAACACAUGGAAGCAGCAGAGGCGUUUUGCACUUUCAACCCUGAAAUAUUUUGGAUUUGGCAAGAAAUCACUUGAGCCCAUCAUCUUGGAUGAAUUUACACAUUGUGCAAAAGACUUCAAUAGCUAUAAAGGUAUGCCAUUCAAUCCACACUUGACCAUCAACAACACUGUCUCCAACAUCAUCUGCUCCCUGGUUUUUGGUCAUCGCUUUGAAUAUAGUGAAGAGAAGUUCAUGAAAUUGAUUGCGUUUUUUGACAAAGGUCGCGAAAUUCAAGGCUCUAUUUCAACACAGCUUUACUGCUCUUUCCCUUGGCUGAUGAAGCAUUUGCCAGGACCACAUCACACAGUCCAGCACGUGUGGGAAGAUGUAAAGGACUUCAUAAGAGUAGAGCUUGAGGAGCACAAACAAAAUUGGGAUCCUUCAGACCAAAGAGACUACAUCGACUGCUACCUCAAUGAGAUUCAGAUGAGCAAAGGUCAGGCUGACAAUACUUUUGAUGAGGAAAAUCUGGUUAUGUGUGCGUGGGAUCUGUUUUUGGCUGGAACUGAGAGCACAUCCACCACCCUGCGCUGGGCUUUCCUCUACAUGGCAAAGUAUCCUGAGAUCCAGGCAAAGGUCCAGGCUGAGAUAGACGGAGUGAUUGGACAGUCCAGACAGCCGUCCAUGGAAGAUCGUGCAAACCUGCCCUACACUGAAGCUGUCAUACACGAGAUCCAGAGGAUGGGCAACAUAGCUCCUCUCAGCCUGCCUCAUGUUACCAACAAGGAGGUCCAGCUGGGAGGCUACACAAUCCCAAAGGGAGUUAUAAUAAUCCCCAAUCUGACCUCGGUGCUGUUCGACAAGAAUGAGUGGGAGACGCCCAACACCUUCAACCCAGGACACUUUCUGAACGAGGAGGGCAAGUUUGUGAAGCCAGCUGCUUUCAUCCCUUUCUCUGCUGGUAAGCGGGUGUGUCCUGGGGAGAGCCUGGCCAAGAUGGAGCUUUUCCUCUUCUUCACCUCCUUCAUGCAGCACUUCACCUUCUCCAUGCCUAAUGGGGUGAAGCCAGUGAUGGACUAUAUUAUUGGCAUCACUCUGGAACCGGUUGAUUAUGAAAUCUGCAUAACUUCACGCUAAAAUGUAACAUAAAUAUCACUUCAAAAAGCAAAAGUCACCACGUAUGAUUCUCAGGUUUAGUUAAAAAUAUAUAUAAAACGAAUAUUUGGCUUUAAUUGUAGAUCACAGUGGAUUUAAGUCUAGUUUACAUUACCUGGCUUAAUUGUUUAAUAUUCUUUUAAGUCACUUUUUUUUACAAAGGUGACAUGAGUCCCUUUGUCUUUCUGUUGCUUAAAAUGGAUUUAGAUUUGGACUUGGAUUUCUAACACAUGACCCAGAGGACAUGGAGGCCAAUAUCUACAGAAUAUAACUUCUAUUUUGGAAAAUCACAAAAUAUGUUGUUAGGAUACUUUUUAUAUUAUAGGCUAUAUGGUUUUUAAAAACCCAAGAAGUUACAGAAAGACUGUUAAGCUUUAAGAUGAGACGGAAACUUAAUCAGCAGCAUGCAGCAUCACUUCAUAUUUUGUAUGUUUGCUAAUAUUUGCUUAAAAUUACUUUCAAAUAAAUUAUUCAAAUGUAGAUGUCUCCCUGUUUCAACAUGACAACGAGGUCGAAA